AUGUCGGCUAUAAUAUCGAAAUUGAAGUGCGGGGUGAGCACCAACACUCCCCCCUCCCUGGAAAAUAAUCCGAUUAUCCAGUACUUCGAGGUCGGGAAAGAGUGUUGCACUGCUGGCCCUGGUCUGGUGUGGAGAGUGCACGACGCUUAUAGGAAGAGCGAUGGAAAGGAAUGCUCGGUGUUCGUGUUUGAUAAACGCAUCGCUGAGAAGCUAUUUAAGCCAAAGCGCAAAGAGACCAUGCUUGAGCGUAUCCGAUAUUGUGUCAUUCAGCUCGAGAAAAUGCGAAAUCCGAGAAUGCUGCAAAUUAUUCACUCCCUGGAAGAGGGCACUCAUACAAUUGCAUUCGCAUCCGAGUCGGUGCUAGCGAGCCUGCAUAACAUUUUAUCUUGGCACGAGUCAAACCCAGUGCUGACGGGCGGACAAGCACCGGUUAUGCCUCACCCGAUGUCACUGGGUCCGCCGAGCUCUCAUCACCAACUUCAGCAAGCUCCCCCUCAGCGCCCACCAUUCGCUAGGGAGUACUACUUCAUUGAUAUCGAGUUGCGAUAUGGAUUGCUACAGAUCAUAGAAGCGCUGCAUUUCUUGCACUACACCGCACGCCAGGUACACCGCAACGUGUGCCCCCAGGUGAUAAUAGUCACAAAGCGUGGCACGUGGAAAUUAUUUGGACUGGAAUUUGUCGAGGACAUCAUUAGCUCGGACCCAAUAGAAAUGAUAGCGGUACCACCGUGGUCGAUUAAGGUUGCUAAGCUGUGCCAACCAAAUCUUGAUUUUCUCGCUCCCGAAGUGCAAACCAACGGGCAGUGUAACAUACUCUCGGAUAUGUUCUCUUUGGGCUUGGUAAUCUGUGCCGUCUUCAACAGCGGCAAGCCGCUCCUGCAGGCCAAUAAUAAUCCGAUGUUGUAUAUGAAGCAAAUAGAAUACUUGGAUCAGCAAGUGAACGCCGUGCUUCCGCGUGUGCCGUGCGGUCUUCAAGAAGCCGUGCAACGUCUCCUGUCCCGGGACCCACAUCCUCGGCCAUCUACUCAACUGCUACCUUUGAUAAAAUACUUCAACGAGCCAGCUAUCCAGGCAAUGCAGUUUUUGGAUGUGAUAACUAUGAAGGAUCCCCAACAAAAAAUAAACUUUUAUCUAGUUGCUCUUAUGGAUGCGUUGCCGUAUAUACCAAAGAAAUUACGUUGGCAACAUGUGUGGCCUGCACUGCAACUGGAGGUCAGGACUGCCGAAGUCCUCUAUGCCGUAAUGCAACCAAUUGUCUGGCUUACUAACGAAGCCACUCCGGACGAAUUUUCUCAAUACGUUCUACCGACUCUGAAGAAUCUUAUGAGUUCCCCGAAGAGUACUCAGGCCUUGGUCACAAUUUUGGAGAACUUACAUGUCAUAAUAAAGAAGUGCCAAAGGGACGAAGCCCAAACCGAUGCAAUGCCGCUGCUAUUUGCCGCGUUGGAUAACAACACCAACCAAAUUCAGACAGCUUCACUUAUUGCUAUCCUAAACGUGAUUGAUCAUAUUAAUGACGACGCUUUACACAAUAUCGUAUUGGGCAAGGUCAAAAUAAUGCUCGAAAAGAAUCAAUGCGAUGUUAAGAUUAUCAGCUUAAUCCUUGGAUUCUAUGAAAAAGUGCUCACCCGCCUGGAACGAAAUCAUGUUCUCGAACUAGUAAUCCCCACUCUGCUGCUCAUGCGACUAAGUGACCCGGACAUUAUUAAUCGGGUAGUCAAACUUUAUAAAUCCAUACUAAUGGAAAGAAAAUUUGGCUUAACGACCAACGUCAUGGCGACAAAGAUGAUUCCUUCUCUUGCACCCCAAACGGUUAAUCCGGCUUUGAAUGCUGAUCAAUUCACCAACCUUAUGGAGAUAUUAUAUGAUAUGCUGGAUAACAUUGACCAUAACCAACGUUACAAAUUAAAAAUGGAUGGGUUAACAUUGCCAAGCCCUGAACGUCAUAGGCCAUUACGCCAUCAAAUGAGCACUGAUAAUAUGAACGCUCCGCCAUUCAAUAUCCCCAAUUUACGUGUGGAGCAACGUAAAACAUCUAGUGCUGAAGACAUGGCCCGCAAGAACUCAGUUAGUACUGGAAUUGGUCAAUGGUUCUUUGGUUCAAGCAAUUCCACGAACAACGACAACAAUUUCUUACGUGUCGGGAGUGCUUUUCCCAAUCGCCGUCUGUCUGAUAAUACUCUAAUGACUCCCAAAAUUCGCAUUGCUCCAUCUUGCGCUUCGUCCCCAGGCGGGACUCCAGGAGGUAAUUCAGGCUUACCAACACGCCGUCAUUCAAGCAUUGGCCCUCAAGAACGCCGUGGUUCAGCCGUUAACCUAUCACCACCAACCGGUGGUUCUAUGCCAAAUACGUCAUCAAGCGUUCCGUUCCUAUUGACUUCAUCGAUGCAGUCUAUCCGAUCACGGCGACCGUCAGCGUGUAUCACCGGCUCUCAAGGCUCCGGAAUACUACAACAGCUCAGCAGCGGCAUGUACCAGCUGUUUUCUGGGCGUACGUAA